AAUUUAUUUAAAAACGAGGACAACCGUCUCUCCCGCGGAAGAAGGCGCCGUGUGUGCUCGUGUGUGCCGGUGUGUGUGUGUGUGUGCCGGCGCCGGCGGAGUGAGAGAGCCGAGCAGGAGAGCGAGAGGGGUAGCAGGCGAAGGAGAGAGAGAGAGCGAAACAAAGCUAUGAAAUUCAUCUGUGCGGUUUGCCUGCUGCUACUAUUUCCAGCUCUGAGCCUCAAUACUAGACAGAGCUAUGAGGGACUGGAAAGGAAGCUGAAAGAAGUUUUUAUGGAGAGGAGUGGCAUCCUUCGUCAACUCUCCAAAACAUCAAAGGAGCUGGAAGGCAUCAAGGGAAACCUUCAGUCUCUGAAAAAUGAUGAGACCGUGGCCAAGAAGGACGUCCUGAGGAUUCUGGAGCUGAGCCAGAAGCAAAGGGAGGAGAUGAAAUCUCUCCAGGAGGCCCUCCAGAAGCAGCUCAACGAGGCCGCGGAAAAGGCCGAGAAGCAGCAAGCCACGAUCAAUUUCCUAAAGACCGAAAUGGAAAGGAAGAGCAAAAUCAUCAAAGAUCUUCAGCAGGAGAACAAAAGCCUGAAAAAUAAACUUCUCUCUGGGAGCAAGCUGUGUGGCAUCCAUGCGGAAGAGUCCAAAAAAAUCCAGGCUCAACUGAAAGAGCUGCGGUACGGGAAAAAGGAUUUGAUUUUUAAGGGGCAGCAGCUGACGGACCUGGAGCGCAAAUUAACAGCAGCAAAACAGGAGCUGGAAAAGGCCGCCCUUGACAAGGAGUCACAGCUGAAGGCUCUGAAGGAGACAGUACAUCUCUGUCUGUCGUCGGUUCUGCACAAUCAGCCUCCCACAGCGCCUCUAAUCCCUUCAAAGCAAUUGGAGAUGGUGACUUCCCCCCUUGCAAACAGCUCCAGAGUUACGUUUCAGCAGCCACACACCAAGGAUAUUCCUAAGAUUUUGAGGAUUGUCACAACAAAUACAGGAUCUUCAAAAAACGAGACCAUGAAGAGAGGGGACACAGGGCUCACAACCUGCCAAACACAAGAGGUUGGCACGACCUGCUUCAAAAACCAAACUGAAAAUUUGUCAUUGGAGAAAAAAACAGUUGACCCGAAUUCCUAUAAUCAGAAACCCCAUGACGUCACCCAGGACAAGAAUGAGGUCUUAAAGUCAACGGAAGACGACAAGAGAAAGCUGGACAACAGUGACGUCAUAAAGUCAGAGGACGGCAUAUGACUGAAAGGACAAAAAGUAACAAUUCACGUGUAAAUAUUCCGAGGACUUGCGUUUGAGCUUUCUGUAUGCUAUAAUGUCAUUUUUGUUCUGAUAAGUAUCAAGGCAUGCCCCCACCCUACUGCACACUUCUACAGGGACACACAAUCACUUCUCCAAACAGGAGCCCCCUUGUGAAUUGAAAUAUAUUGUAGAGGCAUGCAUUAGAUCUCUAUUUUUGAUUCUGUUGACAUCUUUCCAUAAACAGCUAAAUACGUCAGAGUCAAACUAUUUUUUUUUUCCUUCAGUGCCAGAAUAUAACUUCAUAAUUGGAUGCCAAAUGUUUGAAACUGAUUUGACCUGUGACGCCCAAUGAUUUGCAUUGAUUUUCCUCUGCUGGUAGGCCCUUUACAUGACAAAAUCCAAAACAAAAAGAAUAUCGAAAAUGAAUAUUUCAUGUCACGUAUGCAGUGUGGCAUUGUGCUGCACUUCUCUCUAAUUAGAUCCCACUGGGAAAGCUAGAAAAUUCUGCAGUAGGAGAAGAACAUAUAAAAAAGGUGAAUACUGAGGCCUUUAAUUCUUGCCUCUAUGUACUGUAGAGUCUUAGUUUUUAAUUGAACAAUUACAUGAAUUACACAUACAGGCAAACAUUACUGUGGGAACAUUUCCUUUAUUCAACUAUACUACAAUAUACCAUAGUAAAAACAAAAAAACACUAAUUAAAAAACAGGGAAAUCAGGAAAAAAAGCAUUCUACAGCUCUGAGAGCUGACCUAGUGCAUGCUAUAAACUAGAGGUCUCCAAUCCUGGCCCACUCCAGCAAGUAUUAUAGGUCACGAUUAAAUCAGCAUUAUUCUAAAUAUUGGGACAAUAUUGUGAGCAACUCAACAGGUGAUUUAACUAAGCAAUAUACAGAUCAUGUAGGACCCAGAUCAAGCCUACUGUACAUUCAGUAUGCAAGAGUCUAUUUAUUGGUCAGAUUACUUGCUUAAUUGAUCAAUAACCUCCAGGUGUUCCCAAUCUUCAGACAUGUGACCUGUUAGCUAGAUUGGGGCUCUCCAAGACCAGGGCUGGAGACUCCUGAACUGAGCAGACUGGGGCUGUACAGGACCAGGGCUGGAGACUCCUGAACUGAGCAGACUGGGCCUGUA